AUUAAAAGCAAAUGUACGCUGUACUUUCGUUGAGUUGCACUCAAAGACCGUGGUUGCACUUGCCUGGGCAGACUGAAUGACGUCACGCCAAUGCCUGUCAAAAUCUGGUGGAUCUGAACGCAAGCUAAAGCCGGAGCUUAGCCUUGCGCGGAGGAGGACGGACGGAGCCUUUAUUAUAGGCAUAGAAUAAUCACAGUCACUCUCGCACAGGAUCACACGUUCUCCAUGGUUGUCUGCUGGGCUUGUAGACCAUUGUAAAUGAAAUGGAAGGGAGAAAACACCCGAUCAGCCACGGUGUUUUCACAGUGUUUUAUUUAAUGCCUUUUUCAUUCUUGAUUCAAAGCGGUCUCGUCAUCCUCUGCUCGUUUCAAUGGACAGUCGUGGCCAAAGACCUGCCCCAGUGUAAAGAGACAGACUACUACUUCGAGUACACGGAGUGUGACAGCACCGGGUCACGGUGGCGGGUGGCCAUCCCCCAGCGCCUGGGCACCUGCACGGGCCUGCCGGACCCCGUCAGUGGGACGGACUGCACGUUCUCCUGCGGUGCCGGAGAGUUCCUGGAGAUGUCGGCCCAGCAGUGCACGCAGUGCGCCGCCGGCACCUACUCCCUGGGGAGCGGGAUGCGCUUCGACGAGUGGGACGACAUCCCGCCCGGCUUCACCAGCCUGGCCACCUACAUGGACAGCGGCCCGGCCGGGGAGGACACCCUGACCUGCAGCAACUCCUCCUGGGCGCCCCAGGGGAACUACCUGGAGUCGAACCGCGACGAGUGCACUGUGUCGCUCAUCUACGCCGUGCACCUGAAGAAGCAGGGCUCCGUCUCCUUCGUGUACCAGUACGUGGACAACAACAUCUUCUUCGAGUUCUUCAUUCAGAAUGAUCAGUGUCAGGAGAUGGACCAAACGUCGGACCAAAAGUGGAUCAAACUGACCAACAACGGAGAGUGGGGGACCCACACCGUCGACUUAAAGUCCGGGACUAACAUCCUGUACUGGAGGACCACUGGGAUUCUGCUGGGCACUAAGGUGGUCAAACCGGUGCUGCUGAAGAACGUUCAGAUCGAAGGGGUGGCCUACACAUCCGAGUGCUUCCCAUGCAAGCCUGGGACCUUCAGCAAAACCCCGGGGUCAUCGUCCUGCGACCUCUGUCCCAGAAACACCUUCUCCGGCAAGGGAGCCAGCUCCUGCACCCACUGUGACAAGGACAAGCAAUACGCACCCGAGGGGUCGGCAGAGUGCAAGGAGAAGCCGGCCUGCUCCAAGAAGGAUUACUUCCAGAUCCACACGCCCUGCGACAGCGAAGGGAAGACGCAGAUCACGUACAGGUGGAUCGAGCCCAAGAUCUGCGUGGAGAACGUGACGGGGGCCGUGACGCUGCCCCCCUCCGGCAGACGGGAGCCGUGCCCGCCCUGCAACCCCGGCUUCUACAACAACGACACGGCCACCUGCACCCCCUGCCCCCCCGGCACCUACUCCAACGGGGUCAAAGCUUGCCAGAAGUGCCCAGCGGGCACGGAGCCGGCACUGGGCUACGAGUACAAGUGGUGGAACGUGCUGCCCGCCAACAUGAAGACCUCCUGCUUCAACGUGGGCAACACCAAGUGCGACGGCAUGAACGGUUGGGAGGUGGCUGGCGAUCACAUCCGCAGCGGGGCGGGGAGCUCGGACAACGAUUACCUCAUCCUGAACCUGCGGGUCCCUGGCUUCCAGCUUCCAACAUCUGUGUCCAGGACCACUGGCUCCGAGUUUGGCCGAAUCACCUUCAUCUUUGAAACCAUCUGCUCCGCGGACUGCGAGCUCUACUUCAUGAUGGAUGUGAACAGGAAGAGCACCAACGUGGUGGAGUCGUGGGAGGGCAGCAAGGAGAAGCAGUCGUACACCCACAUCAUGACCAAAAAUGCCUCCGUGUCCUACACCUGGGCUUUCCAGAGGACCAACCAGGCCCAGGACAUCAGACAGUACGUCAACGACAUCGUGAAGAUCUACUCCAUCACGGUGACCAACGCCCAGGACGGGGUGGCCUCCUCCUGCCACGCCUGCGCCCUGGUGUCCCAGCAGUCGGGCUCGUCCUGCGUCCCCUGUCCCGCCGGCCACUACAUCGACAAGGACACCAACCAGUGCAUGGAGUGCCCCCCCGACACCUACCUCUCCGGGCACCAGAUCUACGGCAAGGAGUCCUGCGUGCCCUGUGGGCCUGGCAGCAGGAGCAACAAGGACCACUCCCUCUGCUUCAGCGACUGCUCCUUCUCCCACGUGGACCAGAACCGGACCCUGACCUACGACUUCAGCCCGCUGGGCCCGGUGGGCUCCAUCAUGAACGGGCCCAGCUUCACUUCCAAGGGCACUAAGUACUUCCACUUCUUCAACAUCAGCCUGUGCGGGCACGAGGGCAAAAGGGCAGCGGUGUGCACCGACAACGUGACGGACCUGUCCAACAAGGACCUGCAGGGCGACUCCAGCGAGUUCGUCAACUACGUGGAGACCUUCGUCUGUCAGUCAACCAUCAUCCCCUCAGAUGGGCGGGGCUUCAGAACGGCUCUCUCCUCACAGUCCAUCAGCCUGGCGGACACUUUCCUGGGAGCCACAGUGGAGAGCUCUCUCUCUGACAUCACCGUGAGUUCGGACCUGUUCCCCGAAACGUCGAAGAAAGUACCGGACGUGAACUUCUUCUAUCGGUCUCCCCAGGCAACAUCAUCAUGUGAUAAGGGGCGUAACGCAGUGAUCACGCUGCGGUGUAACCCGGAGAAGCCUGCCCGGGGGGAGCUGGGGGUCUCCAGCAAGUGCCCUGCCGGCACCUGUGAUGGCUGCACCUUCAACUUCCUGUGGGAGAGUGCCAGCGCCUGCCCGCGCUGCACGGAGGCGGACUACCACGAGAUCGAGGGUGCCUGCAAGGGCGCGGUCCAGGACACGCUGUACGUGUGGAACGAGCCGAAGCUGUGCACCGAGGGGGUGUCCCUCCCCGGGAAGAAGACCUCGCCCUGCGAGGCCAUCGACUUCUGGCUGAAGGUGGGGGCCGGCAUCGGGGCCUUCGUCGCGGUCCUGCUCGUCUCCCUCACCUGCUACUUCUGGAAGAAGAACAAGAAGCUGGAGUACAAGUACUCGCGGCUGGUGAUGACGGCCAAUAAGGAGUGCGAGCUGCCGGCCGCGGACAGCUGCGCCAUCAUGGAGGGCGAGGACAACGAGGACGAGGUGGUGUACCCCAACAAGCCCUCCCUGCUGGGGAAGCUCAAGUCCAUCGCCACCAAGGGAAACGGAGAGAGCUGCGAGUCUGUCCAGCUGAAGUCCUCAAAGCCAGAACGAUGGGUGUGGGGAUAGAGGAGGAGUUUGGCGGGAGAUGUUUUUCGGGAGGGUGAGGAAGAGCGCUGAGAGAGAUUGCAAAGAAGACGACGAAGAGAAGAAAAAAAAAAAAAAGCCAUGCUGUCGACAACAUUCGGAAAACGGCCCGACGAUCGGGAACUCAGCUUGUGGAGAUGACCAUUCCUGGAGGCCUUAACACAUCACCGCGGGGGGAAAUGGAAAAUUCCAGAAGGGGAGGAUUCAGUGGUGAGACUGCGGGGUAGGGGGAAGAGGGCAGGGGUGGAGGGAGGGAGGAACUCUGCUUUAACUGAAAUAUUUGGGAACAAAAUGGCGGAGGUGCAUUCCGGUGCCACUUUCAAUUGGCUGUUGUUUUUCCGUUUGGGGUUGUGUUAUGAUUCUGUGUGAUGGCAAGAUAACUGCUGAGCUGUGGGUCCCUCCCCUUUUUAAAAAAAA